UGAGGGGUGAGAAUGAGUUUCCUGCACACAUGGCUGCUGUUCACCCUGGUGAAAGCAGCUGACCCCCCCUGCAGCUUAAGAGGGGUGCCUAACCCUCCUCAGCUCAGCAGAGAUGGGGAUGUUAUCAUUGGUGGGAUCUUCUCAUUUCACAACAGCUGGGAGCAGACACCAGAUACAUUCACAUCAGGGCCACAGCAACCAAAGUGCAAAAGUUUAAGUCUCAGAGAAUUCCAGAACGCACAGACAAUGGUAUUUGCUAUUGAGGAAAUCAACAACAGGACUGAUAUUCUUCCUGAUCUCAGUUUGGGUUAUAAAAUCUAUGACUCCUGCGGAUCAGUCGAAAUGGCUAUAAGAGCCUCUUUGUCUUUAGUUAAUGGCCAUAGAGAAAGCCAGUCUUGCUCUAAACCUGAAACAGUGCAAGCAAUCAUAGCAGAAACAUCUUCCACCCCAACUAUUGCCAUCUCAGCCACUGUAGGACCUUUGCACAUACCUGUGAUCAGUCACUUUGCAACAUGUGCGUGUCUAAGUGACAAAAGGAAACACCCCUCUUUCUUCAGAACAAUACCUAGCGAUUACUACCAGAGCCGAGCACUGGCCAAGCUGGUAAGGAAUUUUGGCUGGACGUGGGUAGGGGCUCUGUGCAGUGACAAUGACUAUGGAAACAAUGGCAUGAACACCUUCAUCAGUGCAGCCAAAGAAGAGGGGGUCUGUGUUGAGUUUUCUGAGGCAUUCUUCAGGACUGACCCCCGAGAAAACAUUCUGAGAAUAGUAAAUAUCAUCAAGAGCUCAAGCUCCAAAGUGAUUGUAGCCUUUGUUUCAUAUUCUGACAUGGAGGUUCUUCUAAGGGAAAUGGCCCUGCAGAACAUUACAGGCCUACAGUGGAUUGGAAGUGAGUCCUGGAUCUCUGAUAUGAACAUCGCCACUGUUGAAUGGCAACACAUCCUAAUGGGGUCCAUGGGUUUUGCAAUCCCAAAGGCUAAAAUCAAAGGUCUGGGGGAAUUUCUGACCAGGCUUGACCCAUUCUCUGAUGUAGAACUUUAUAAAGAGUUGUGGGAGAUGAUAUUUGAAUGUAAACUUGCCCCACAAGAAAAUGUAGACAUGAAAGACAUCUGCAAGGGCAAUGAAAGCCUUAUUGAAGUGCAGAACCAAUACACAGAUGUAUCAGAGUUGCAAAUUGCAAAUAAUGUUUAUAAAGCUGUGUAUGCUGUCGCUUAUGCACUGCAUAAAGAUUUCAGCUGCUCAAAGAGUGACAGUGUUGCUGUGUGUACAAACACAACAAACGCUCGUCAGCCUUGGCAGGUACUGAAUGAGCUGAAGAAACUGCACUUCUCCACUACAUCCAAUGAGGAGGUAUAUUUUGAUGAAAAUGGAGAUCCAGCUGCAAGAUAUGACCUUUUAAACUGGCAGCAGGGCAAGGAUGGCAAAAUAGUAUUUGUCAAAGUGGGUUUCUAUGAUGCCUCAUUGCCGGCAUAUCUUCAGCUUUCAUUUAACAACAUAAGUAUUUCCUGGGCCAACAACAACCCCCAGGUACCAGUGUCUGUGUGCAGUGUGAGCUGUCCCCAGGGCACCAGAAAGGCUGUGCAGAAAGGAAAACCUGUUUGCUGCUAUGACUGUAUACCAUGUGCAGAUGGAGAGAUCAGUAACAUGACAGAUUCAGUAAGCUGUUUGAAGUGCCCACCUGAACUCUGGUCUAAUGACAGGAAAGAUAUGUGCAUCUUAAAACUGGUGGAAUUCCUUGCAUUUGAAGAAAUAAUGGGAAUCAUUCUAGUAUUGUUUUCUUUGUUAGGUGUAUCUUUCACAAUGGUUAUUGCAGUAAUAUUUUUUGCAUACAAAGAUACACCAAUAGUUAGAGCCAACAACUCAGAGCUGAGCUUCCUGCUGCUCUUCUCACUGACUCUGUGUUUCCUCUGUUCACUCACUUUUAUUGGUCGGCCUUCCGAGUGGUCUUGCAUGUUGCGUCACACUGCUUUUGGGAUCACCUUCGUCCUCUGCAUCUCCUGUGUUCUGGGGAAAACAAUAGUGGUGUUAAUGGCCUUCAGAGCUACACUUCCAGGAAGUAAUGUAAUGAAAUGGUUUGGGCCUCCACAGCAGAGACUCAGUGUUCUUGCUUUCACUCUCAUACAGGUUAUCAUUUGUAUUCUCUGGUUAACAAUAUCCCCUCCAUUCCCCUACAAAAACAUGAACUACUACAAAGAGAAGAUAAUUUUGGAGUGUAGUUUAGGGUCAAAUGUAGGUUUCUGGGCUGUGCUGGGUUAUAUAGGACUUUUGGCUCUUUUGUGUUUUGUUUUAGCUUUUCUGGCACGGAAGCUUCCUGAUAACUUUAAUGAAGCCAAAUUCAUCACAUUCAGCAUGCUGAUAUUCUGUGCAGUCUGGAUCACCUUCAUCCCAGCAUAUGUGAGUUCUCCUGGAAAGUUCACAGUAGCUGUGGAGAUAUUUGCUAUUCUGGCCUCUAGUUUUGGUUUGCUUUUUUGCAUCUUUCUUCCAAAGUGUUACAUAAUAAUUCUAAAACCUGAGAAGAACACUAAAAAGCAGAUGAUGGGCAAAUGAGAUUGUUGUAGACAAUAUUGUUGUAGAUAUUGCCUUGUUUAAAGUAUAUCCGAUGUAAGGCAUAUAUCUUUCCAUAUAUCUAUUUUAAUUAAUGUAU